CAACUGAAAUCAAACAUAUGAUUGCUGAAUCUAAGAAACUCAAAGAAGAAGAUAAACAAAGUCAAGAACGUGUUGAAGCUAAACAAGAACUUGAAAAUUAUGUUUACCAGAUUGAAAAUACACUCAAUAAACCAAACGUUGCUUUGGAAUUAAAACGCAACAAUAAAGCAGGCGAGUGUACGUCGAGCUAUCAGACUUUACAUCCCUACCAUGCUCAUUUUCCUGGUGGCCAGCUUACACCGAUUGGAACGGCCUGGUAUCUUUUCAAGACAGAGGAGGAUUUAAUGUCACUAAUUAUACUUUUCACCUAA